AUGGACUAUAGUGAAAAACAGCUUGAGGACUUCCACAGAGCAAAGCUGGCUCAGGUGAAGAGGCUUGAGAACAGAAUCAACGAAAGACUGUCCGAUCAGGACCUACUGCGAAAGAAAGCCCCUCCAGAAGUCAAGAAGGAACCUGACCUGCCGUUUUCGAGAGAGGCUCUGGCUGAGGCCGAGGAGUCUGACCGAAAAGGCCUUGCUAGUCUCCGUCUAGAUGACGCCGAACCAUCUGCUCGGGAGAAGUCUCACUCAGACUUCCAUCAGGAGCCAGUACAUUUGAUGGCAUUGGACACAGACAUCUUGCCCAUGGAAAGCCAGAACUUCUUGGACCACCAUAUCCCUGGCGAUGUUCUAAUCGAGAUGAAUGACGAAGUAUCUGGCCAAAGCACGCUCCCUGGUGGCGUUCUGGAUGUUCUCAAUUUUCAGCAUAACGCCAUCACCCAAAAUUUUGACAACUUGUUGACCACGGGAGACGCGACCAAGAUCAUAUACCCAGUAUAUUCCAUUCACAACAGCUCCUCGGUUACCCCAGGUAACAUGGAAUGGGAGGGCGAGUAUCCUGGAACGGAUAAUAUCCUGGAUCUUUUGCAGUACCAACGAUCACAGGGUCCCACAGGCCCAUUCGCAGCAGCCAGGGAUGUAUUUCGUUCCCCAGAGGUCACACGUCGAUCAGUGAGUUUGAUAUCAUCGGACUCGGCUCCCUCAUUUGUGCCGAUAUCACCGGGACCAGCGCUUCCAGGAGCACAAGUUUCUCGUAAGAGAUUUAAAGUGCGGGCCAGACAUACCACUAACUAUGAGGAGCUUCUCUACAACACCACCGCAACGUUGGCGCCACGAAUCGCCAAAGGUGUGUCUACUCUACCCGAGAUCAGAAGCUUAUACCAUGUGUGGAUCGGCUACUUCAUCUACAAGGCAUUCAAGUCGGGUGUGAUGUUUCUGUGCUUGAUAAACCUCACUACGAAUUAUCUCAUUACGAAUGUCUUCUCAGCAGAGCUGGACACGCGGUUCGAUGCUCUUGUGCUGCUUACCAAAACAAGAAACAUGCUCUUGGUUCAUCUGAUUCAACAUUAUGCCACUGUGAUCAAGGGAUUGCGCUCAUUGCUCAAUCAUCAUGGUGAUCCAGAGAUGGCGGCCUCAGUGUCAUAUAUUUUGUCGCUCAUGUCAAUUUACGAUCCAGGUGCCACGGCACACUCGACCACCUGCUUCCGUGAUGGCAUGUUCCUGGUGCUUAGUUAUACGUUGCAUCAGUCAACUCGCCAGGGUAUUGAGCCUCCCAGGCUCAUCCCAAUUCAUAUGCAAUUAAUGACAAACGUUGCAAGAACAGUAUACUUGCCAGGCUAUGGAACACUGUUUUUGUAUGAGUUUGAAAGCAUGUUUGCGAGAUUUGGCUCCCUUCUUGAUCGUGCUGAGCGGGCACAGACGCAUGGUGGUGGCAACUUGGUGUUCUUGAGAAGAAAAUAUAACGAUUUAUUGCUGUUUUCAAAAGAUUCCAUCAGACACCACCUUCCAGCGUUGGAUUCGCACAUGGACGACAUUGAAUACCAGGAAGAUGUCCUCUUCACUAUGUUCAAUCGCUGGUCCAAGCUCCAGCCUCCAAGAUUUUUGGCAGCUAACGGGUGUGCGGAGGGACUUGAGAAAGUGCUCAACCUAUUCUACCGAGUGUUUCGGAAGGCGAUUUUUGCGGUCGUACCGCAAGUUCGUUUCCUCUUUCUUCGAGACUUUGACUCGCCGCUCAUGUUGGAUGUGUUUGCCAAUUACAACACGACGACGAUCUUGGAAGAGCUCAAGGACCUGAGCCGUGCUUCAGUACCGCAUGAUUCGUACAACGAGUUUGUACCCGAGCUUCAGUAUUUGGCUGCGUACUGUGUGCGUUUGAUUACUUUCCUCACCAUCAGAACGGCAAUCUUGUACCGUAAUUUGGUGUACGAGGAGAAAGUUCGGCAAAUGAUCCCCAUCUAUAACGCUGUGGAGUGGCGGAACUCAAUCACCAAUAUCGAAGAGACAAGGCAGGAAUUCCACGAGCUCAUUGGGCUUCUGGAAUACCCAAUUCUGUCAUUUAAGGAUACUUACAUCACACUGUCCCACUAUCCGCAGAUAGUGGAUCCGCAGAGUCCCGGAGCCAAAUUGGCAACCCCACGUCCUCCAGAGAAUGAUGGAGCUGACGGUGAGGUUGACAUGCUCCUGCUCCAGGCCAAUGGCUUGUUGAAGCAUGACUUGUUUCCGGAACUCUGA